UUCCGUAGCAACACGCGGAGGGUGAAGGUAUAAAAACACAGACAGUUUCUCAAGUGAGACUCGGAAACUCUGAGCUGCCUGCGAAUAACCACUACAAACUUACUCCAGAUCAUGAUGCUGAGGCCGAAGGACUUGUCUCAGGGAUCUGGCACCAAAACCUUCCUGGAGGCCAUGCAGAGCGGGAAAGUCCACUUGGCUCGAUUUGUCCUGGACGCGUUGGAUGGGCGCAUCAUCAACGGGAAAGCCGAAAACGGGCGUACGCUUCUAAUGCACGCCGUAUGCCUUCAAGAGCAUGCAACAAGAUCCAAAUUCACCCAAUUACUUCUGGAUAAAGGUGCAGAUGUGACCGCCCGGGAUGACCAUGGACGCACGGCCUUGAGUCUGGCAUGCGAGCACGGACACUUGGAUUCAGUGAAGCUCCUCGUGCAAUUCAACGCUGAUCCAGAGCUCACGGACAUGUGGGGAAACAAUGCCCUCAUGUACGCCGCGUGCGGAGGACACAGCCAAAUCUUGGAGUUCUUAAUCCGGGCGUUCAAGAAGCUUGGUUUGCGACUGGAUCGCACGAAUCACGCCGGCCACUCGGCUAUCCAAGUUGCUGAUUACUUUGGGCACAACCAGUGCGUUCAAACCCUCAACGGGUGUGGAAAGAAGAUUGUGAGUCCAACGAACAGCACCGGAGAACCCGCCGAAGACCUGCGGUGGCCCAGUCGCCUCCCAAAGCAGGUUCUAGAGAGGUUCUCCAAAGAAAUCCAAAGCAAACACGAGGAAAUCCUUCCGGCCUUGUUUCAGAGACAGAUGUGCAUCGGUGACAGCAACGGCCUGCGGAUCCGCUUCAGACGUCCAGAUGCCAAGCAAAGCCUCAUCAGAUCUGAAGAUGGACCAGAUCUGCUGUUCGCUUCGAAACAGAUCCAAAACUCGGUGCUGAAAGAUAUUGGAAGCACUGGAAGUGCAGAACAUGAGACGGACGUCCAUGCACCUCUUUGGGGAAAAACCAGCUCGUUUAAUCUUGACCUCAGAACUGGAAGAAAACAAUCCUAUCAGGGCGACGUGCAUGAAAUCAACAGAUCUGCGAGCAAAUUCAAAAGAGCGUCACUACAAGACGAAAAACCUCUUGUGGCGAAGUUCUACAGCAGGACUGUCGCUGGCGACUUUGAGAUCAGAAAAGAUUUGCAGAAGCGUGGCAGUGUUCCCAAAACGUCCAGAAAGAGCAAACUUCUGUUCAGUCGUGAAGAACUCGAACCUGAUAGGAUCAAACCUCGCUCUUCUGGGCUCUCUGCAUUUGGGAACAGACUCCUGCGCAGAUUCACGGCUCCUGAAUUCAUGCGACACAUCACAGACUGUCCCAGAGACACCGGACACGGUAAAGGGAAGAUGUCCCGGUCCGAGACCUUCCCAUUCUCUCACACACACAUGAUAGUGAACAGCCAGCCGAGUGUGGACAGCAUCAGCGCGGUGAGAUGCGAGUUUGAGAGCAAUCUUGCUCCAAAAUGAGCUUUUAAACACAUGUUUAGAUUAAAACACUCAGAUGGGCAUUUAGGAAGAUGUUUAUGACUAUGGCAGAGACUU